AUGUCCAACGCGUGCGCAUCGCGCGGCAUCGCCCGUCGUCACUCGAGCGUCCCGUCGUCGUCGUCGUCGUCGUCGUCGUCGUCGUCGUCGUCGUCGGUCCGCAGACGUGCCGCCGUCGUCGUUCGAGCCAAGGGUAAGCGAAGUCGACGCGCGGAGUUUUUAGACGUCAACUCGGAGAAAUCGCGCGCGGCGUCGGGAGGGAAGAACGUCGCGGGCGCUCUCGGACCGAUCUCCGAGCGCGACGUCGACCUGAAGAGCGACGGGAGGGACGAACACUUCUUGUUCGCCAGACGCAAGUCAGAGGCGGGCGACGAGCGGUGGUUUCCGCUCGGCGACGUGUCCUUUGCGCGAGCGAACGGGACGGUGGACGACGUGACGCGCGAGCGAUACGCCAUACUAGUGGAUUACGCGAAGAAGAGACACUUAAAGCUGUGCGUCGGGCGCGCGGAGAUUGAGAUCGGGGCGAGGGUGCAGCGCGGGGCGAAGCAUCCGCGGGCGGCGUCGGAGACCGAAAUCGUAGUCGUUGCCGAUGAGACGUCGCCUAAAUGGGAUCCAGCCGAUUACUUCGACGAAUCGAAGAGAUUUGGGGAGUUUCCCGCUAUAUUGCGACUGAUGAAUAACGCAGAACCUGUGACGGCGGCGGUGAAGAAUCAAAUGCUCCGAGCGUCGACGCAGUUUGCAGGCGCGACGGCCGCUACCCCAAACUUUCGCCGCCUGGGAUCGGAAUGA